GCCGCCUAAAACCCCAGCUCUCCCGUCCCUCUUUCCUCCUUUCCCUUCUUGCACUCCCUCCGCCGGCGGCGGCGACGGCGACAGCGGCCAUGGCGCAGAAGAAAGGGCACCGAUCUUUGUCCUCCGACGACCCGGAGGAGCUCGCCCGCGUCCCACUCCAGGCCGUCCUCCUCGCCGAUAGCUUCGCCACCAAGUUCCGCCCCAUCACCCUCGAGCGCCCCAAGGUUCUCUUGCCGCUGGUGAACGCCCCCAUGAUCGAUUACACCCUGGCCUGGCUCGAAUCCGUCGGCGUCGAGGAGGCCUUCGUCUUCUGCUGCGCCCACUCGCAACAGGUCAAGGACUACCUCAACAAGUCCCAGUGGAUGAAGCAGCCGGGCACGUUCACCGUCCAACCCAUCGAGUCCCACGACUCCAUCAGUGCCGGAGAUGCCCUCCGUGUGAUCUAUAAUUUAGGCGUGAUAUGUGGAGAUUUUGUUCUCGUAAGUGGUGACACUAUCAGCAACAUGAGCUUAAAAGAGGCACUUCAAGAACAUAAGGAAAGAAGGAAAAAGGAUCCACUUGCUGUUAUGACCAUGGUUAUCAAACACUCCAAGCCAUCAUCCUUAACACAUCAAACACGGCUUGGUAAUGAUGAAAUUCUAAUGGCCAUUGAUCCUGAUACGAAAGAGCUUCUAUACUAUGAGGACAAGACAGAUCAGUCACAGCGGUUUAUUACUCUUGAUAAGAUGUUACUAGCCAGUACUCCUACUCUACAUUUGCACAAUGAUAAGCAGGAUUGUUACAUAGAUAUAUGCUCUCCAGAAGUUCUUAGUCUUUUCACUGAUAAUUUUGAUUAUCAACACCUUCGCCGUCAUUUUGUGAAGGGUUUGCUUGUUGAUGAUCUCAUGGGAUACAAAAUUUUUACUCAUGAAAUUCAUUCAAGUUAUGCGGCAAGAAUAGAUAAUUUCAGGAGUUAUGACACAAUCAGUAAAGACAUAAUUCAAAGGUGGACAUAUCCAAUGGUGCCAGAUGUUCAAUAUUUUGGAAACUGCUCACAGAUGAAGCUCGACAGACUGGGAAUUUACAAAGCGCCAGAGGUUGACCAAUCACGCACUGCACAAAUUCGUGCCUUCUCAUUGAUUGGAAAUGGAACGGCCAUUGGCGACCACAGUGUGAUAUCCAAUUCAGUUAUCGGUCAAAGUUGCACUAUUGGGCGCAAUGUUUCAAUUCAAGGAUCCUACAUCUGGGAUAAUGUCAUCAUUGAAGAUGACUGUAAACUAAGUCAUGCAUUAGUUUGUGAUGGUGUUCACUUAAGGGCAGGGGUUGUUUUGGAACCUGGUGUCAUUCUAUCAUUUAAGGUUGAAGUUGGGCAAAAGAUUGUGAUUCCUGCUUAUUCAAAAGUAUCUUUACUUCCACAACCAUCAAAGCAAGACAGUGAUGAGGAACUUGAAUACGCUGAUGCCAAUAGCGGCGUUGUAGAGAGUCCAUCAAUUACUAGUAUAGCGAACACUAGAAAUGUGGAUCCUGUGCCAGAUUCACCAGAUGCAGAACAUUCAGACACAUCUGAGGUUGGUAUAUCUGGAGUCGGUUACAUUUGGUCUACCACUGAGGGAGGACAUGAGGAAGAGUGGAGACAUUCAAUUGCACCCAUACCUGCAGAAAAACUAAUGGAGUUCUGUCUUAGUGCUCAUACUGAUCUUGGGGUAUCGAAUCAAGAUGUAAAUAGCCUUCCGGCUUCAGGAGAAUUGCAACUUGACUCAGAGAGUACUGGUUUUGAUGAUGGUGAAGAUUAUAAAGAUUCUGCUGAUUUUGAGAAGGAGGUAGAAGCAACUUUUCAACGAGUUCUUGCAGGCGUAAAUCCAGAGAAUGUGAUUUUAGAAAUUAAUUCACUCCGGUUAUCGUACGACAUGUCACAUGCAGAUUGUGCUGGGUCAUUAUUUUAUUCCAUAAUGAAAUCAGCUCUAUCAGCUCCUUUUUCUUCUAAUCGUGAGCUACUCUUGAAUACUGGCAAGGAACUCAGCAGGUGGAAGGAUCUUUUGAAGAAUUGCCUCAAAACCAUAGAUGAAGAGAUUGAAGUAUUAUUGAAGUUUGAGGAGAUGUGCUUGGAGACUACCAAGGAAUUUGCUCCUUUAUUUUCAGCUAUUUUGAACCACCUGUAUGAGAAGGACAUCUUAUCAGAGGAUGCAAUUCUGUCAUGGGCAGAGGAGAAAGAAGGAGCGGAUGAAUCUGAUAAAGUCUUUGUUAAGCAGUCUGAACCAUUCCUCAAGUGGCUGAGAGAGGCUUCCGAAGAUGAAGAUGACUGAGCUGCUGGAACUCAACUAUGUUAGUGGAUCCAAAACCUAGGUGCAGUAUCCAUCAAAUUGGUUUAGUUAUUUGUAUCCUGUUUAAGGAAUGAUCAGUUAUAUAAUAAUUAUAAUUCAAGAUGUAAAAUUGGAGUGCAUAUACCCUCAUUUUUGAAGAUUAGGGGGGAUAAAUUAAGUUGUACAUUUCUCUGCAGUCAGUAUAAAAAGCAUGGAAUGGAAGAAAAUAUUGUAUUUCAUGAGUAGCUAACUAUGCCAUUCUAAAUUUUAUCUUC